GCGCCGUCUUCCCGGUCCCGGGCACUCCGUGCCGGAGGACUCUGUUUUUUCUGUAAGGAGAGCACGGAGGAGGGAAUGGCUGUCCUGUCUUCAACUGCCAGAUGCCAGGAAGCAGUAACAUUUGAGGAUGUGGCCGUGGUUUUCACAGAUGAAGAAUGGAAGCAUCUGGUCCCUGUGCAGAGGGACCUCUACAAGGAGGUGAUGCUGGAGAACUACGAGAGUAUUGCCUCACUAGGACUUCCAGUUCCUCGGCCUGAUGUGAUUUUCCAGUUGAAGAUGAGGGACGAGCCAUGGAUAGUAGAUCUUUGUGAACCUGAGGAGAGAGAAUGUCCAGAGACUGUCUCUCUAGCCCAGGAAAGAAACUGCAUUUGGUGUUUUCUGUUUGUUCCAGACUGGGAGACUAAGCCUGAGAUUCAAGAUGCUUUAGAAAACGCAAAAUCAGAAGAUGCAUUGGGGGAACCCCUUGGCAGGCAAAGUCCUCUGUGUGCUAAAUCUGAAGUUCACUCACCAAAGGAUGGGUUGGAAACAGAGGAGGAAAGCCCUGCAGUGGAGACUUACGAGAAAUCCCUUUCCCAGGAGCAAAGCUUGAGGCAAGGGUCAGCCCCAACCAAGAAAAUGCUCACCAAAGAAAGACACCAGGAAUGCAGCAACUGUGGGAAGACCUUUUUUGAUCACUCGUCCCUCAUCCGCCAUCAAAGGACUCACACUGGAGAGAAGCCCUAUGGCUGUCCUGAGUGUGGGAAGGCCUUCAGUCACAGGAGCAGUCUCAGCAGACAUCUGAUGUCUCACACUGGCCAGAGCCCGUAUGAAUGCAGUGCGUGUGGGAAGGCCUUCUUUGACCGCUCGUCUCUAACCGUGCAUCAGCGAAUUCACACCGGAGAGAAGCCCUUUAAAUGCAGUGAGUGUGGAAAAGCCUUCUUUGACCGUUCAUCCCUUACUCGACACCAGAGAAUUCACACUGGAGAGAGUCCCUAUGAAUGUCAUCAGUGUGGAAAAGCCUUUAGUCAGAAAAGCAUUCUUACACGCCACCAGCUGAUCCACACUGGCAGGAAACCUUAUGAGUGUAAUGAGUGUGGGAAAGCCUUCUAUGGUGUCUCAUCACUGAACAGACAUCAGAAGGCUCAUGCUGGGGAGCCUCGCUAUCAGUGCAGUGAUUGUGGCAAAGCUUUCUUUGACCGCUCGUCCCUUACACAGCACCAGAAGAUCCAUACUGGAGACAAGCCAUAUGAAUGCAGCGAAUGUGGGAAGGCCUUUAGCCAGAGAUGCCGACUCACGCGGCAUCAGAGAGUUCACACGGGAGAGAAGCCCUUUGAAUGCAGUGUGUGUGGGAAAGUUUUCAGCUCAAAAUCAUCAGUUAUCCAACAUCAACGGCGUUAUGCUAAACAGGGAAUAGACUGAGUGAGAGCUUGAGUCAGACAAAGGACCUCCAUAAAAAUUUGAGCUAGGUCUCCCCUAUCUU